GGUCCCUCCCAGGCGGGAACAGCACAGGCGGUGCCCGGGCAGCUGCGGAGCCAUGGACGGCAGCGGGCCUUUCAGCUGCCCCAUCUGCCUGGAACCACUCCGGGAGCCGGUGACACUGCCCUGCGGCCACAACUUCUGCCUCGCCUGCCUGGUUGCGCUCUGGCCACACCGGAGUGCGGGCAGUACUAGUGGUUCCGGAGGUCCGGCCCGCUGCCCUCUGUGCCAGGAGCCUUUCCCCGACGGCCUGCAGCUCCGCAAGAACCACACGUUGUCUGAGCUGCUGCAGCUCCGCCAGGGCUCGGGUCCAGGACCCAUGUCCACCCCGGCUUCAGGCCCCGCCCGGGGCGCGACGCCCGAGCCCUCCGCGCCCAGCGCACCCCCUACGGCUCCGGAGCCAUCGGCUCCCUGUGCACCCGAGCCCUGGUCGGCCGAAGAGCCGGUGCGCUGCGACGCGUGCCCCGAGGGCGCUGCCCUGCCCGCCGAGUUCUCCUGCCUCUCCUGCCUCGCCUCCUUUUGCUCUGCGCAUCUGGCCCCGCACGAACGCAGCCCCGCGCUGCGCGGUCACCGCCUGGUGCCGCCGCUGCGCCGGCUGGAGGAGAGCCUGUGCCCUCGCCACCUGCGCCCGCUGGAGCACUACUGCCGCGUGGAGAGAGUGUGCCUGUGCGAGGCCUGUGCCGCUCAGGAGCAUCGCGGCCACGAGCUGGUGCCGCUGGAGCAGGAGCGCGCGCUUCAGGAGGCUGAGCAGUCCAAAGUCCUGAGUGCUGUGGAUGACCGCAUGGAUGAACUGGGCGCCAGCAUUGCUCAGACCCGCCGAACCGUGGCCCUCAUCAAGAGUGCUGCCUUGGCAGAGCGGGAGAGGGUGAGCCAGAUGUUUGCCGAGGCCACAGCCACCCUACAGAGUUUCCAGACCGAGGUGCUGGGGUUCAUCGAGGAGGGAGAGGCCACGAUGUUGGGCCGCUCCCAGGGUGACCUGCGGAGACAGGAGGAACAGCGCAGCCGCCUGAGCCGGGCGCGUCACAACCUCAGUCAGGUUCCAGAAGCUGACUCAGUCAGCUUUCUUCAGGAACUCCUGGCGCUACGGCUGGCCCUGGAGGAGGGGUGCGGCCCUGGCCCUGGGCCCCCCAGGGAACUCAACUUCACCAAGUCCUCCCAAGUGGUCAGAACAUUGAGAGACAUCCUGGUCUCAGCCUGUGCCAGCCAGUGGGAGCAGCUGCGGGGGCUGGGCAGCGAUGAGGACGAGCUGCAGAAACAUGGCUCAGAAGAUGUGGAAUCCCAGGACCCUGACAGCACCAGCCUGGUGGAGAGUGAGGCUCCCAGGGACUAUUUCCUCAAGUUCGCCUACAUCGUGAACCUGGACAGCGACACGGCAGACAAGUUCCUGCAGCUGUUCGGAACGAAGGGUGUCAAGAGGGUAUUAUGUCCCAUCAACUACCCGGAGUCGCCCACCCGCUUCACACACUGUGAGCAGGUGCUAGGAGAGGGGGCCCUGGACCGGGGCACCUACUACUGGGAGGUAGAGAUCAUCGAAGGAUGGGUCAGUGUGGGCGUCAUGGCUGAGGGUUUCUCUCCGCAAGAGCCCUAUGACCGGGGCCGCCUUGGCCGAAAUGCACUCUCCUGCUGUCUGCAGUGGAAUGGGCGUGGCUUCUCGGUCUGGUUCUGCGGGCUGGAGGCCCCACUACCUCACGCUUUUUCACCUACGGUUGGGGUCUGCCUGGAGUACGCGGACCAUGCCCUGGCCUUCUACGCCGUUCAGGACGGAAAACUGGGCCUUCUUCGGAGGCUUAAAGCCUCUAAGCCACGCCGCAGUGGUGCCCUGGCCUCCCCCACUGACCCUUUCCAGAGUCGCCUGGACAGCCACUUUUCAGGGCUCUUCAACCACAGGCUCAAGCCCGCCUUCUUCCUGGAGAGUGUGGACGCCCACCUGCAGAUUGGGCCCCUCAAGAAAUCAUGCAUAUCCGUACUGAAGAGGAGGUGAGGUGGGCCUGUCUCAUCCUGCAGUGAAGAAGGCGGCGCCAGCCUCAGAGAUCCCCACUUCCAGAGGUCUCUGCUUUGUAGAACUAGACCUUCCACUUUUCAAGGCAGGGGUCCCUGGCCCCUUGCAGGACUUGUUUGGGGAGGAGAACUUCAGCUGGGACAACUCCAGACUGCCCCAGCCCUUCUUUUCCAGGUCUCGAGAACUACCUGGCACACAGUAGGUGCUCAAUAAAUGUGUGUGGCAUGCACGACUCCCCUUUUCAUGCCUCAGCCACCAGAGGUUCCUAUGACUGACUUCUCAGCCUUCAAGAUGUGGGACUAGGGGCAGGCAAGGUGGCUCUGCCUGUAAGAGGCUUGCCACCAAGCCUUCUGACCUGAAUUCUGGAACACACAUGGUAGAAGACAAAACUGACACGUCCGAAUUGUCCCCUGACCUCUCACUGCCGCAUGUCCUGGUGCAUGGAGCACAAACACGGGCAGAAGCACAUGCAUGCACAGUAAAUAAAUAAAAACAAAUGUGUAAGCCGAAAUAGCAGGUGAUGUGCUCACCACAUAAGCGUUGAGGGGUCCUGAGUUCAAGCCCCAGAAAAGAAUCACACUUGGCAUGGCCACACUGGAGAGGUCGAGACGGGUAGGUUCCUGGCGCUUUGCUGGCCGCUAGCCUAGCCUAAGAGGUGAGCUUCAGGUAAGAAAGCAAGGAGGACAUCAGCAGAGACACGACAUCUGGAACCUUCCGUGCAAACAGGCACACACACCAAAGCAACAACCGAACAGAAUGAGCAGGUGAGAGAGGGUAGACUCCCCUUGGCCCAGGAGGAGGGGGCUGAUACAGGCUGUCCUUCAGCUGUACCCUGGCUCUUGACAGGGACAGUCAGAGGUGGCUUUUCCCAGAGUCCAGCUCCACAGUCAGCCCUGUUGCUCACAUCAGCUUUGGAUGGGGGAGGGUACCCUCUGUAGUAUUUUUAUCCUUGAUGCCACUAGCCAACUCCGGGCCUACUUUGUGUGUGUUGUAUCCAGAAUUAAACGCAGAGGUCACACACCCAAAGCCAAGAGCUGAGCCGGAUGCCUGGGUGUGGGCAAGAGAAAUGGAAAGACAGACUACCUGGGCUUUUUACGCGCGCGCACACACACACCACAUACAUAUACACACACACACAUACACCCCAUAUACACAUACAUACACACACUUAUAUAUACAGACACACACACAAACACACCUGGAAGGAUCUUCAUUCUCAUACACAGGCACAUGUGCACGCACGCACACACCUUGGCCCCUGCAGGGACUUGUCUGAGACCACCCAGGGUAUGACUGGAAUCGGGGGACAUCUACAAUAAGGGAGUCUAUGUCCUCUGGAGCCCUGCCUCUCCGCACCAUUAUAGCCCUGCUCCAGUGCUCUGGGGACAUCCUCCGGCCCUUGUGUCUCUCUGGCUGGUGGCCAGAGAGGCCCAGCGCCCUCCACCAGCCCAGAAACUCUGCCCUGUGUUGGAUAACCUGGGGCUAUAGAGAGCAUCUGUGCUUCCAGGCCAGCUCCCUCUCCAGGUUCUUUGUAACCCUGGUGCACCCCAGAGACCAAGGGGCAGACAGAGAGGCCUCCCAGCAGCUAUACAAGGUCAGACAGGACAAUGGGUGCUUUCUGCAGCCAGACAGCAAGGCCCUACAAGUCCAGCCCCAGCAGCCUAAACUGCUAAAAAUAACCCCUCCCACAGAAGCUGCCUGGCCCCAGCAACCAGGAUGUUUUUUUUCCGGGUGGGGCCUCCCUGCUCCUGCUGCUUUGUGUUCCUAGGCCUGUUCCCAUGGCAACCACAGGUCCCACAGAGCCCAGUACAUCUAACUGCGGGGGACUGUCAGAAGUCUUCUCUUUUUACCUGCGAACAGCCUCCAUCUUCCUCAGAGCCCUGGCAUCCCAGGGCACCUGCGCUGUCUUCUCUCCUCCCCCAGCGGGGCAUGUUGCACACCACAUAUUCCUGCUGCGGCAGCCCUCUGCUCGCCUGAGGGAGCGCAGAAAGCCCUGGCGUGCCUGGAAUGUAAGUACGGCAGGCAAGGGCCUCACAGGCUGAAACUUCCCUGCUGGGAUCAGGCUCCACCAUCAUGGCUGUGGUUUCAGCCACUCAUAAGUAUCUUGCUUGUAGAAUGACUUUCAGUUUCCAGAGACUGUCACGGAAGCUUAAGUGACGGGAUGGCUCAGUUGGUAAACGCUGUCAAACCCGAUGACCUGAGUCUGAUGUCCAGAACCCGCAUGGUAGAAGAGGGACCAACUCCUGCAAACCUGCAAGCUGCUCUCUCUGAUUCCCACACCUGGACUGUGGUUGGCAUGCGUGCAGCCAUGCUCAUGUGUACACACGCAAAUUAAAUAAAUUAAUAUAAAA